UUUUCCAUUGUACCGGAUAUGUCUAAGUGGUACGUGGUUAAACCUAAUACAUAGGUAGUAUUAUUUAUAUGAGACUUAACAGAGUGACUUUGCGAAGCUGUUUCCUAUACAAAUCCUAUCGGCCUACAGCUGCCUCUCGAGCUGUCCUACGCCAUAGCGAUUGUGCCAUUGAUGACGUUUCCGUUGACGCGGUGGCUACUGACAGUACUUAAUUUGUGUAAACGCAAAGGAGAAAGAUGGAAAAGAAACUGUUUGAAAUCCUUGUGCUUUGCGUAUCCCCUUAUUGGCGUGGGUUUUGCACUUCUCAGAAAGUUGGAAUUGGUGCUGCUGCCUUUGAAUAAAUACAUAGGAGGACGAUGUAACAGACAAAAUCUGAUAUCAUUCUGCUGCUGUUUUGGCCUCCCUAUUGGGUGUAAACUUCUACAAAAGCUAUGGUCAUUGAAGGACGUACUAGGCGGAGGAAAGCAAGAGAAAAAACACCGACCUACUGACAGGACCUGGCGAUUGCCUAACGGGAUACCCAAUAUCGGUAACACCUGCUUCAUGAAUGCAGUUAUUCAGGUGCUCUGUGUGACACCAAACUUUAGAAAACAACUACAGAGAGCCACGGAACAGACAAAAGAUUGUUCUUUAAUCAGUCCACUGUCAAAGACAAUCCAGUCAUGGCUACCGGUACCACCAACACUGAUAAAAUGGCCUGUAGGUCAGCUGAGGAGAGUGCCAUCAAAGAUGUACCGGCUUUUGUUCAAGGUACCACCGACACAGCUGGACCAGUCGCUGCUGGCUCUGGUGUAUGCCGUACAAUUUGAGUCACAAGUGCCAACAACACUACCCCAGGCCGUCAUUGACUCGCUUACUCAAAUCGAUGAGAAGUUCGAGGGCAACAAGCAACAGGAUAGCUACGAAUUUUACAACAAGGUUCUUGGGGAACUGGAGGAUUUAAGUGAGGAGAAAUCCAGGGUUCAUGCCACGGGAACAGACACGGAGAAAUUAAUGAAGACGUCACCGAUAUCCCGUCUGUAUGGAGGUGUUUUUUGUAACAUUUACAGAUACAAUACCUGUGAACAUGUUGACCUCGUGUUCCAGAGAUUCACCAGUAUUCCUGUACAGAUCCUACCAACAUCACAGAACCCUAAACACGAGUUGGUGCGGCAUGAGGACGGCACCGACAACGAUCAUUCAAAUAUGCAACGAAACAAAGAGGAAGCUGGCAUGCAAACUCAAUGGUCCCCAGUAGAACAGCAAGCUGACAUCCAAACCAAUAUGUCCUCAGUAGAACAGCAAGUUGACAUCCAAACUAAUUUGUCUCCAGUAGAACAGAAAGCUGACACCCAAACUAAUACGUCCCAAGUAGAACAGAAAGCUGACACCCAAACUAAUACGUCCCCAGUAGAACAGAAAGCUGACACCCAAACUAAUACGUCCCAAGUAAAACAGAAAGCUGACACCCAAACUAAUACGUCCCAAGUAGAACAGAAAGCUGACACCCAAACUCAUACGUCCCAAGUAGAACAGAAAGCUGACAUCCAAACUCAUACGUCCCAAAUAGAACAGAAAGCUGACACCCAAACUAAUAUGUCCCAAGUAGAACAGAAAGCUGACAUCCAAACUCAUACCCCCCAAGUAGAACAGAAAGCUGACAUCCAAACUCAUACGUCCCAAGUAGAACAGAAAGCUGACAUCCAAACUCAUACGUCCAAAGUAGGACAGAAAGCUGACACCCAAACUCAUACGUCCCAAGUAGAACAGAAAGCUGACAUCCAAACUCAUACGUCCCAUGUAGAACACAAAGCUGACAUCCAAACUAGUGUGUCCCAAGUAGAACAGAAAGCUGACAUCCAAACUAGUAUGUCCCGAGUAGAACAGAAAGCUGACAUCCAAACUAAUUUGUCCCCAAAAAGUAUGUCACCACAGAAACAGGAGGAUGACACGACUCAAGACUCAUCGAAUCAAAAGGACAGGAAUGAUCAACAACAGGGAUCCGGCGAUACCUGUAGUGAAUAUACUUGUUACACAGAUAGUCGACCUCACUGUAGUCACAGCAGUUUAAAACAUCAACCACAGGGUACCACAGACUUAGAGGGGGGCCUGACACUGUGGACAGACGUGAACAAGAUUGACGAACUCUCUUGCAAAACGUGUGGCAAUAGAGAUCCGGCCACAUAUUCCUGGAGUCGGAUCCUGUUAGUAGCACUUCCCCCUGUGUUGGUGUUGCAGUUCAACAGGUUUCAGAGGGACUUUGAUGGCAGUCUUAAAAAGAUGAACAGACGAUUAAGUUACCCAGAAUAUCUCGACGCUGCACCAUUUUGUUCUUCUGCUUUGACGUUUUUGAAUGACAAAAGUGGAUCAGACACAGAGCCGGAUACAAUGUAUCGCCUGUAUGGUGUGGUAUGUCAUGUUGGCUCAAUCCAUGGAGGUCACUACACGGCGCAUGUGCGAACGACUGGACACCGAGAAGACGCAAUGGAGAAGAAGUUCCUUAGCAACGAGUGGCGAGAUCCAGAAAGUUUUGUGGAUGAAAUCUUAAAUUUCUGGAAAGAAAUGGAACAACAUGAUAGCAAGUUGGAUGAACAGCAAUUGGUGGAAGUUUCUGCUCCAGAAUCAACCAACGAGACCAAUGACACAUGGUACACAUUCAAUGACACCAUGGUCACAGAAUGUACUCUGGAAACUGUCCUAGGUGAACGGAACGCGUACAUCCUUAUGUACGAACGAGUGAUAAAGCAGUGAUCUCACACCUAUAGCCUACGUCAUCUGUGUGCGGACUUUGAACUAAAAACAAAUAUAUCACGUGGUAUUUCAAUAUUUAUCAAUUGCAAAAGUGUUUAGAAUCUUGCACAAACUAGUUAAAAUAUAUCGAAACACAGCCAAUGUUGCUAAAAUCAUGCUCCGAUUGAAACUAGUCCUUCCCGGCAGCGCGUUAUGACAUACCAUGUCUACCCCAUAGAAUAAUGCCUAAUCAUCACGUUUGAGUUACGUGCCUUCUAUUUCGUGUCAGGCAUGUUCUGUCCGGUGUUUGAUGACCGGUGUUUCCGAAUGCGUUUUUUCCCAUAACGUUAACAUGAUAUCUUUUAUCUGGAAAACCACACGUUUCCAAUAAAAAUACAUUAUGUAUGUCUCUAAUGAGGGAAACAAUCGCAUUAAGUCGCAAAACGUUGUUACAUGACGUCUUCAUUGACAGAUAGACCAAUGAAAUGACGUACAUGGUGUAACUGGGUACCACAAACGUUUACCUACUCCUAAUAGGUUUAAUCCAAUGAGUUUUGUGUGAGGGAAGUUAUAGUGGUUGUGAGAACAAAUAUAUAUAUUGAUGUUGGCCAUGUACGCGGUUCUUUUCACACAAUCACUAGAAAUUCUAA